UUUAGACUUUUCCUCAGGAAUCCAGGCUGAGCUGUGACAUCUGUGCCCUGACUUGCUGCUAUUCUUAGUGGAGAAGGGGAAUGUGCUUCAGAGCUGCGCUCCCCACCGCGGCCUGUAGGGGGCGGCGCCGAGCACUUGCUUUUCGCUCUCAGCGUGUGACGUCACGGCGGGGCGGGGCCGCCGCAUGCCCUGUAUAUAAGGCAGCAGCUGGCAGAGUUUUGUCAAUGGACAGCUGAGACUCGCAGGUGAUCUGUGGCUCAGCGGCAGCUUAUACCCCCCAUAACUGCAGCAGCCCCCUCCCCCCCACUGUGUGACUGAGGAUCCCCGGUCCUGUGCAUUAGAUCUUAUUAACCCUUUGCCUGCUGACUGUGGACCAUGUCUGCUGACUUCUGCCCCGGAUCCCUGCUGCUGGCUGCCCUGCUGGGGAUCGCCUGUGGUGUGAGGAUGGGGGAGCCAUCAUGCCCAUCAACUUGCAUCUGCCCCAAGGAAACCUCAACGUGUGCCCCUGGCAUCAGUCUAAUAAUGGACAGCUGUGGAUGCUGCAAGGUCUGCGCCCGUCAGUACAACCAGGACUGCGACCUGAGGCACCCCUGUGACCACAUCAAGGGGCUGCACUGUGACUUUGGGGCCGACCCCUCAUCCACCAAGGGUAUCUGCCGUGCAAAGUCUGAAGGUCGACCUUGUGAAUUCUUCGGACAAAUCUAUCAGAAUGGGGAGAACUUCCAACCCAACUGCAAGCACCAGUGCUCCUGUAUGGACGGAGUGGUGGGGUGUAUGCCCCUGUGUCCCCAAGAAAUGGCCUUGCCCGGCGUGGAUUGCAUUAACCCGAGACUGGUGAAGGUCCCCGGGCAGUGCUGUGAGGAGUGGAUGUGCGACAGCAACCACAUCUCCGAGGACUCGGGAGACACCACCAAUGGAGACGUGGAUGACAUUUUGAAGUCGUCUGAAGAAAACUUCGACCAGGAGGACGUGGAACCCGUAUCCAGCAACGAGCUCAUCUCUGUGGUCCGAAAUGGAUUCAAAGUGGAGACAGGUCUGGGUCCUCAUCCCCAACCAGAUCGCUCCAGCUGUGCCAUCCAAACCACCGAAUGGUCUCAGUGCUCCAAAUCCUGUGGCAUGGGACUCUCCACCAGGAUAACCAAUGACAACCCUCAAUGCAAGCUCAUGAAAGAGACCCGCUUGUGCCAAAUCCGUCCCUGCAAAGACCCCUUACCAUCCAAACCCAAGAAUGGCAAGAAAUGUACCAGAACAAAGAAAGCCAAGCAGGCCAUGCACUUCACCUAUGCUGGGUGCACCAGUGUGCGGAAGUACAAGCCAAACUACUGUGGGUCCUGCACAGAUGGCCGUUGCUGCACCCCAUCCAAGACCAGAACCAUGAGGGUGCGCUUCCGUUGUGACGAUGGAGAUACUUUCCAGAAAAGCAUGAUGUGGAUCGAAAAGUGCAGAUGCCACCAAAACUGCCCCUAUCACAACGAAUUGUCCUACCCCCAUUACCGGUUACACAAUGAUAUUCACAAGUUCACAGACUGAGCGGCCCGAAUGGCUUUCUUCUUUCAGACUUAUGGGGUGGUGGCCGCGAAAAAAUGGUUCCCCAUCUUUCAAAUUAUUUCCAACUUACAGGGCCCGACCACCCAAGACUGGGUGGUGAUAUAGUGGAUGGUGCAUCAUGUUCAUAUGUGGUCUAGUGACGCACGACUUUACCAUUGACCCUCUUUAAAAAAGAUUUAAAAAACAUCGAAAGGAAGAGUGGCACACGUCAUGGGCUUAGCAAUGGUAGAGAGGCAGAUUUAUCCCAAUGUGGGCGAAAAGAUACAUUAGCCGAAAAAGUUCAGCACAAUUAGAUUGUAGAGGAGUCCCGGUCACAGGGAAAUUCAGGGUAUCUGAACAGUUGGACUGUGUGGACUACACCACAAGAGUAUUAUGAUGAAAUGGACUGUAGACGUCCCGCCAGGUCAUCCGCCUCAUUGACAAGUUCUCGUAACUUGUUGCCAAGAGCUGUAGUGGUGAUCCUUGGAGAACAUUGUAAAAUGUCUUACGACAUCAACCCGUGAGGGGACCUCAUGUCAACGCGGUUUCCCAUGACUACCUGGGAAAUGUUAGAUAAGUAUAGUGUAGAUAAGAGGAAGAGUUGGAUUGACAACCAUUGUGGACAGUGUUGUACCUACUACUGUAGACCUUGGGCAUGACUACAAUUUAAACCCAAGAAGACCAAGAAUAACCUAAUUAGGUUUAACACGAGGGUCGUAGGCGUAAUACCAGUUCUGUUAGGAUAGUCAGACGUUGGUGGUAACCCUAGGACAUGACUAGAGGGACAUGGCUCAGAAGUUAUUUUUGGGCGUGAAUUGAGACAACAUGAAGAUCUUGGGAACUUCAUGAGCUUCCAUUAACCUUAAACAGGGUCUCUUGUGAUCUUAAUGGGAUGGUCCAGAUAAUCUACAGGCUGUUCCAGAUUAUUUCACGCACUGCCUGCCAUCUUUCAGGAUGGGCACUUUCGUGGUGAUUGGUGGAGAGGCAACAGUCCUUAUCUGGUCUGAUACUACCGAGAAGCACUGGGGGUGCUCUUCCCAGAUGGGAAAUAAGGGAAUUGUGAACUACGACUUAGUCUAGUGGUUUUGCAAGAAAGGCACUUUAAAUAAAAUUGGACAAUUUGCUGCUUAUUGAAACACCUUCACUUUGUUUGUUGCCCCUUUUGACCCGGGUAUAGGAUAUUCACCACAGGGUGGCACUUUACUGAAAGUCAAGUUGACAGCCAGGGAGCAACCAAAGAAGUAUUAACGAUACUGAGAACGAAGAUACAAUUGUAAAAGUAUAAAACCCCCAAUAUAUAAUGUUCAGCAGUCAGGCAUGGCCUACCAAAGCUGCUCGUAGAAUUUUUUUAUUUAGUUUGUGUGUUUUUUGUUUUUGUUUUUUUUUAAAUCCCC